UUUUCAGCGCUCUGUCAUCUGUGUUUUUCAGUGGAUUGAUAGUGGAGUAGUUGUUUAUUUUCUUUUAAUACAUUGAAACUCUCCUUCUGCUUGCUCUUUUAUUGUCGUAUUACUACAUUUUUGCCGCUAUGGAAGAUUGCAAGCCAUCUGGAAACCCUAAUAACAAAGGUUCAUUCGAUCCUGGAUGGAACGAUCCCCCUACUUUCUCAUACAACGCCCAACAGACGACUCCGAACAGACCGCGUAACUUUCUAAACAAAAGAGUAGCCUUUCCCUUAUCAGGAACUGGCGUUAGCAACGCAACCCCGCCUCCUGUAAAUAUGCCGCCCAUGCCAGCUGCGUUACCUGUAGCUCCACCAGUGCACAGCAACCCUAAAUUGUUUCAACCCGAGGAAGGGGUAGACAUUGACAGUGAAAGUACUUUGAAUGAAGUUAAAGAUAUCCUAAUAACAUUUUUGGAGAGCAGCAGUGAGUUAGGGCCCAAGGCAAAUGAUAUCAAGAGGAGAAUAAACAUGAUGGAGGAAAUGUGGACUAGUGGAAAAUUGAAUAAAAGGAUUCAUUUACAUAUGAAAGAGUUGGCUUAUGCUCUCAGAGAUGACCAACCGAGUAAGGCAGAUGAUAUCCAUAGGGCUCUGAUGGUAGACCAUGUGAAUGCUGUUGGAUCUUGGAUGCCAGGUAUAAAGCAGCUAGUGCAUCACUGCAUAGCUCGUUCAGAGUUACUAAACAUAGAGAAAGAAUAGUCAUUUCCUGUAUGUAUGUAUAGUUAUAAAAUGUAAUAUAAGAGUAUUAAAAUAUGUAAGGAAAGAUUGUGAUGUUAUAUUUUUUGCAUUGUAUUUUAUUAUUUGGCAAAAUAUGUGAUUUUUAUUUGCCAUUAUGCGAGGAAAUGAAAGUAACUGUGUUAUGAAAAUCUGUUGUAAAUAAAUGAUGUAUGACAAA